AUGUCAAGUAGAAUUCAAUUAAAAAAUGCAAUUGUUUAUGAUAAUGUUAAUUCGGGUAUUCGAUGUGUUACAGUUAUUAAUUCAUUAUCUGGUGUAACUAAUGGUAUAAUCCUUUCACCUGAUGCUCUUACAUCAAGUGCAUGUACAUCAACACUAAAUUUUCAUAAUGCAAUAACAUGUCCGUCAUUAUUGGAUACAUGGAUUCGAUCUGCAUUUAAUAAAACUAAUUUAGAACAAAAUGGUGAAGUUUUAAAUGUUUAUGAUACAUCAAAUCGUCAUACAGUUGUACUUUAUCUUCAUAAACGAUUUACACAUUCUAAUAUUUAUAUGAUGAAUUUAUUAGCUGGACAAACUUAUUUAUGUCAAUUUCAAAAUACUAAUAGUUCUAUUAAUAUAUUUUAUUUAGGUGUUGCUUAUGAUUUGGCACCUGGUAAUUAUCUUAUUAUUCGUCAUAAUGUUAAUUAUAUGCCUGAUCGUUAUAACGAUUAUCAGGAAGAACGUACUGGUUAUCAAUUGAAAAGAAAAGCUGGUUUUCAUCUCAGUGGAGUAGAACGUGGUCGUCAUAAUUUUACUUCUGAGUCUCUUUCAUUCAUGCGUCCGGUUUAUAAAAAAGCAGUUGAAAAAAUCAUUGAAGAUGAAGAAAACCGUGAUCCAACGUCAUCAACAACUGUCGAAAAUGACGACGAUAACCAAUAUUAUGGUGAACCUGUACCAGAACUUGCAACAGCAAAUGAUAAUACAAAUAGUUACCCAUGUGUUCGAAUGCGAUCGCACUGUGACCCUAGUAAUAACUUGCAAGAUAAUACUGAAAUUAUUGUUAAUGUUGAUGCAGAUAAUAAUGGUAAUGUUGAUCGUAUAUCUGAUUCUAGUCCUCGAUUAAAUCGAGCUAUUAGUGAUCAAUAA